GGAGCGUUUAGUUUGACGCUUCGCUCGCUUUGCAGUGUGGACGCUGAACCCUGGACUAAUCGCUUUCGAGGGAAAUGUGAACGCAAGGAAUUCCCCACGCAGUCAAAACAGUAUAACCUUAUGCUAGGCAAGAGAAAACGGCGAGGCUCGAUUAGAUCUUUAAAAACAAGGAGCUUUUAGAAGAUUCUGUCUUUGCAAAAAGAGGAUAAAGUUACUUCAGUUAAACAGGACUGGAUCGCCAGGGAGGAUUCAGAUGAUGACAUAUUGCUCAGGAAUUGUUUCAUUUAAAUGACAUAACAGGGUGUGCAUCACUUACAACACGCUAACAUUUAAACCUUUAAACCUGUAAAAUGAUGGCACGUUAAGAUGAAGGUUUAGAUGCCCCAGACCCAGUUGGAGUGAGAAGAAUCCUCCUCCAUCACGCAGUCCUCCGCCACUCUGUCCGUCAUCUGGAGAGAGAAAAAAAACAAAAAACAGAAGCUUGCAGGGCCAAAAAAGGGAACUCUGUUUUUGCCUAACAGUGCCUCUCAUUUUGUGAAAGCAGCAGAUUUACCUCAGCAGUGUUCCUGUCUCAGAGAGCUUCCUGUGCCCUGGGGAGUGUGUGGAGGGGUAGGAACCCUUCGCCUGUCAGCCCGUGUCCUACCCUUUCUCUCCCUACAACACCAUGACCACUGUGGUCCAGUCCAGCGAGCUUGUCUUUGAGUUUGCCAGUAAUGGGAUGGAUGAAAUCAAUCAGCUGGACGACCCCUCAGUGUUCCCAGCGGUGAUCGUGGAGCAGGUGCCCGCUGCCGACCUCAUGCAGGUGUACUCUGGACUGGAGGCAGAUGAGGUGACUAAUGGCAUCAUGGUGGAUGCCAUUCAGGAUGUGGUGGAAGAGAGCAUGAUGGGAGAUGUGGGGCUCUCUGUAGAGACCCCUGUCUCAAGUGGAGAGGACAAUAUGGAGACCAUCGAGGCGGCUGAAGCCCUACUGAACAUGGAAUCUCCCAAUAACAUCCUGGAUGAGAAACGCAUGAUUCACACAUACGGGAAUAUCCUGGAAUCAGACCUCACCUACAUUUCCCUGCGUCCAGAACAGCUCUCAAACGGCUGCAUGGAUGUUCCCCUGGAUGAUGAGACAUCCUCCAUGGAUGAGAUUCCUCAAAAGAACCUUUCCAAGCCCGUCAGGAAAAGCAAAGCGCGCAAACCAAGACCAGUGCGGCCCUGCUCUCCAAUCACCAAUCCAACUCUCCCAUUGAAGAAAAAGAGCAAAGAGGGCAAAGGUAACACUAUCUACCUGUGGGAGUUCCUCCUGGCUUUGCUGCAAGACAAAAACACCUGUCCCAAAUACAUCAAAUGGACACAGAGAGAGAAGGGCAUUUUUAAGCUGGUGGACUCCAAGGCCGUCUCCAAGCUGUGGGGCAAGCACAAAAACAAGCCUGAUAUGAACUACGAAACCAUGGGGAGAGCGCUCAGGUACUAUUACCAGAGGGGUAUAUUGGCCAAGGUUGAAGGACAGAGGCUUGUUUACCAGUUUAAGGAGAUGCCCUCAGAUCUGGUCAUUAUUGAUGAGGAUGAUAGCCAAGGGGACAACGGCGGUUCUGGCUAUGGAGGGCAACGGUCCGCUCCUCAUGGACGGGCAGUGUCCCGCGGUUCGUCACGUGCGCAGGGUAAGAGCGCGCAAGUGAAGUCGGUGAAGAGAGAGAUGAGUCCCGGGCUGAACGGUAAUGGAAGACAAGCAGAACAGCUGAUGCAGACAGUCCAUGUUCUUCAGCCAAAUCAAGGAGCUGCUGUCCCAGUGUCUACACACUCCUUACGGACUAUAAAUAUGCCAGGCUCUGUUCCCAUGGUCCUCACGUCAGGAGCUCAAGGAGGUGGUUCAGUCACCCUGCAGCCCUUGCCUCUGUCCUCUGUUCUGACCAAUGGGGAUUCCUCCACACAUGCCUCGCCACCUCGGGUGAUUCUCCACACUGUGCCUUCCACCAGCCCUGGCAGUAAAGAUGUGCUCACCAUCCAGACUGCCUCUCUGACGACAGACAGCAUCCAGUCCCAGCAGCUCCUUGUGUCCACUCUGGGUUCAUCCAGUGGAGGGGUCAUCAGUACCACACCACAGCAAGCCGGAUCUCUUAAUGGCAUCACCCGCCUCGUCACUCUCAAUGCCAAUGGGCAGCCCGUAGUGGCCCAGCAGCCUGGAACGGUCAUCGCCACUGUCCUGAAGCCCAGUGAACUUCAAGGCCUGCAGGUGAAGGAGGAGAUCCUAGAUCCCCAGUACCUCCAAUCUCUGGUCAACAGCAACCCAAGUGUGACCUCAUAUGGCAAAGAAGAGCUUGAGGAAGGAGUGGCAGAGCUGAGCUACAGAACUGUGAUCAUCAACAGUGCAGGUCAGGAGCUGUGCCAGACCCUCAACGGACACUCGGACAUGGGCUCGCAGCUGGCCAGCAGCCCUAGUGAGGGCCUGACCCCUGUGGAGGAGCUAGAAGUGAGGGGAGAAGUGGCUCUGCAUCCGGAGCCUGAGGCUAAAGAGCUGUUAGAGGGCUCUCAAGGUCUGCAAGAAUUGCAGGGCACAAUCCAGAUACCCGCAUCCCACUUCAUCCAAGUCAAGGCGGAACCGGCUGAGACCUAAACUUUCAGCUAAAGCAGGGGAAUGUGGACCCAAUCAACCAACACACACACACACACACACACAAA